CUCUGUGGUAGGGGAAGGCCACCACCAACUCCCUGAGGAGCAGCCGUGUGGUAUGAUUGGUAAGAAGCCGUCAUCAGGCGCUAAGACAGCCCAGAACUUCCCAAAGACUCAAGGGCCGGUGGAGGUCGAGGGACCUAGAAGGAAAGAACAUGAAUUCAUCAAUCCAUUCAGCAGCUAUUUUGAACGCCUCUUGUGUGCCAGACGCUGUUCUAGAAGCUCAGAAUAUCUAUGAACGCGAUAGGCAAGGCCCCCAUAUGCCAAAGCCCUCAUAUGCUAGCCUUGACUCAAGGAAAAUUGUAGGAUGGGGUGGCAUAUUGGUUUUUCUGGAAUCUGUUGCGAAACUGUUCUUAUCUACUUAAAGGGAACUCAUUUGAAGUCUGAGUCUUGAGGGAAUAGGCAGAUCAGGCAUGUUGGAAGAAAGGUAUGAGUCUCAGAGAUGGCUGUUCUGUGAUUACCCUGGGAUGAUGUUCAGAGUGUUGCUGUGUUGCCUAGGCUGGAGUACAGUGGCACAAUCAUAGCUUAUUGCAGCCUCCAUCUCGCAGGCUCAAGUGAUCCUCCUGCCUUAGCCGCCCAAGUAGCUGGGACUACAGGGUCUGGCUCUGUUGCCCAUGCUGGACUGCAGUGGCAUGAUCUUGGCUCACUGUAUCCUCCUCCCAGGCUCAAGCCAUUCUCCUACCUCAGCUUUUCAAGUAGCUGGGACCACAGGUGAACAAAAAUUGUUUGCUGGCCCCCAGGAUACUAAUUAGACCUUUGGCCUGACUCACAGGACACUAAGGCUCCUUUUCUGAAGAAGCAUUUUACCCGUCUCAUUUAGGGGAUGGGAACAACAUGUCUUCACCUAGGGACUUUAGAGCAGAGUCUGUAAACGAUUAUGAGGGAAAUGACUCUGAAGCAGAAGACCUGAAUUUCAGGGAGACUUUGCCUUCAUCAAGUCAGAAAAACACACCUGGAUCAAAGGUUUUUGAAAAUAAAGUUAACUCAGAGAAGGUAAAACUUUCUCUUUGGAAUUUCCCACGUAAUGAUUAUGAAGAUGUUUUUGAAGAGCCUUCAGAAAGUGGCAGUGAUCCCAGCAUGUGGACAGCCAGAGGCCCCUUCAGAAGAGACAGGUGGAGCAGUGAGGAUGAGGAGGCUGCAGGGCCGUCACAGGCUCUCUCCCCUCUACUUUCUGAUACGCACAAAAUUGUUUCUGAAGGAGAACUAGAUCAAUUGGCUCAGAUUCGGCCAUUAAUAUUCAAUUUUCAUGAGCAGACAGCCAUCAAGCAUUGUUUGAAAAUGCUUGAGAAAAAAACAACAGCGUAUGAUAUCAUGCAGGAAUUUAUGGCUUUAGAACUUAAGAAUCUGCCUGGCGAGUUCAACUCUGGGAAUCAACCAAGCAACAGAGAAAAAAACAGAUACCGAGAUAUUCUUCCAUAUGAUUCAACACGCGUUCCUCUUGGAAAAAGCAAGGAGUACAUCAAUGCUAGUUAUAUUAGAAUAGUCAAUUGUGGAGAAGAGUAUUUUUAUAUCGCUACUCAAGGACCACUGCUGAGCACCAUAGAUGACUUUUGGCAAAUGGUAUUGGAAAAUAAUUCGAAUGUUAUUGCCAUGAUAACCAGAGAGAUAGAAGAUGGAAUUAUCAAAUGCUACCAUUACUGGCCCAUUUCUCUGAAGAAGCCAUUGGAAUUGAAACACUUCCGUGUAUUCCUGGAGAACUACCAGAUACUUCAAUAUUUCAUCAUUCGAAUGUUUCAAGUUGUGGAGAAGUCUACGGGAACUAGUCACUCUGUAAAACAGUUGCAGUUCACCAAGUGGCCAGACCAUGGCACUCCUGCCUCAGCAGAUAGCUUCAUAAAAUAUAUUCGUUAUGCAAGGAAGAGCCACCUUACGGGACCCAUGGUUGUUCACUGCAGUGCUGGCAUAGGCCGGACAGGGGUGUUCCUAUGUGUGGAUGUCGUGUUGUGUGCCAUCGUAAAGAACUGUUCAUUCAACAUCAUGGAUAUAGUGGCCCAAAUGAGAGAACAACGUUCUGGCAUGGUGCAAACGAAGGAGCAGUAUCACUUUUGUUACGAUAUCGUGCUUGAAGUUCUUCGGAAACUUCUGACUUUGGAUUAAGAAAGACUUCUGUUGCCUCUCACUUGAAAUUACCAAGUGGCUUUGUGCCUCCUCAUAAAGAACAUGUUUGCACUGUGCUGAAGGGCUUUGCUAUGCGGACAAUCUACUUUCUUGGUUUAUCAGUUUAUUUUCUUUCUAAAAGCUCCCUGAAGGGCAACAUCAUUUGUCUUGGGGUGAACAGUGUUUACUCAUUGAUCUUGCUAGACAAUAUCAAAAUAACUUCCCAAAUUUUCCAGUGAAACAGAUGUUACAUAAAACGAUUGCAGCUUGGCUAUUUGGUUGAAGGGAUUACAGAGCCCAAUAAAGGAUUUAAAAUAUAUUCAUUAAGAUUUUAUUUGGAAAGGUGGCUGGAGAGAGCUGAGGAUUUCCAGGACUUUAUAAGUUCUUAUUCUGGGAGAACAUAAGGCCAAUAAUCAUGACCUCUUCCAGGCAUUUUUAAGACAGAUGUCUAUUCAUGUUCUUUAGCUAGAGCCUGUACUUCUAGCUGGCAUUUGAAUAACCCAGUUUAAAAAGAGUCCAGUUAGGGUGGACUAACUUUGGACACUAAUUGGCUUCCAUUUCCUACAUUUUCACGCUGCUGCCUUCCUACAGCAGCUAGACCAAGACCUGUUGGUCUGGGAAGCAUGUCAUGGAUAGGGAGAGCUCCUCUCGGUGAACAGUCCAAAACUAAAAUAGAUGUUUAUAUAGAAAGUCCAAGAGGAGAUUUUUGCCAGGCCUGAGUUCUUUCCUAUCCCACCCUAACACUUAACAUAUUACUUAGUCUGCUUUGUUAAAAGCAAGUAUUACAUUUAACUUGCCUCUUACUCUUUGCCCUUUAGCUAACUAAUAAAGUUUGAUAUAGGCAUUAUUAUAUAAUUCUGAGUCAUUCAUGGUAUCUCUCAUGUUUGAUGUAUUUUUCAAACUAAGAUCUAUGAUAGUUUUUUUUCCAGAGUUCCAUUAAAUCAUUUAUUUCCUUUACUUUCUCACCUCUGUUGAAACAUUUAGACACUGGAUUUGGGAACCAGAUUUUGGAAAACCAGAUUCAUAGUCAUGAAAAUGGAAACUUACAUAUUCUGUUUUUGAAAAGAUGUGGCCAUUAUUACAGUAAUUUUAUUAUAGGACUUUUCCUCGUACAAUUAAUAGUGAUAUUUUGGACAAGGAGUUCUGGUGACCAGCUAUACCUAAUUGUAAGCUAUAAAACAAUAGAUAUGAGUGUUUGUACAGUUUAACUCAGUGGCGAUCAGAAUAUUCUAUGUAUGGAGAAAAUGUUUAAUAUCAAUCUAUAAAUCUUGAAUUUCUAAGAGGCUUAUUUUGUUCUUUUGGCUGAAUGAGUAUAUUUGAAUUGGUUGAAUAAUUAAUAAUUCUCAUUGUAAAAAUAAUUAUAUGCCAAAAAUAUAUUUGAUGUUAAAUCAAAUAGAUGAUUCUGUUUACAUUUUUCAUAUGAAUAAUAAUCUGUGUUAAUUUCAUUUUGAUAAUUGGCCUUUAAUAUUUGUAUCUCUAAUUUUAUUUUCUCUCUGUUACUGUAAAACAAUAGCUAUAAUGUAUAACAAUUUUCUUCAGAAGAAUUCUAUGCUAUUAUUAAAAUAAAAUAUUUACUAUGUAUUGCCUGAAGUGUUUUUAUUUAUCUGGGCCUUGAAAUCGUCUUGUAAAGAAAAAUUCCACAAUGCUUGAUGUUAAACAUGUCUCUUCUUUAAUGUGUGCCUCAUAUUUUUACAGCUGGACUAAUUUUUAGUUUUCCAGGGAAAUUAAAGGAGUGAAUAUGGAAAUACUAAUUGCAUUUGUUUUCACUUCAUUCUUGGAAGGUGAAUGCCAAAGUGAAAACUUUUGACUGAUUGAAAUAAUUUUGUAUCAAUAAUGAAUCAAUUUCUGCCUGCAAUAUGAAUAUGAAAUUCUCAUUGACACCUUUCAAAAAAAUAAAAAUUUAAGAAGUUAGAAGACAGAAAACUGGAAGAAGUUAGAAGACAGAAAAAUGGAAGGAGGUCAGGAAGGAAUCAGGAAGCUGACAGAUUUAGAGUCCAGAGGGAAAUGUUUGUUUCAAAAAGAGGAAGGGUAUUUCUCAGAAAAAGACACACUGGGGGAAGAUAAGAGACAUUCUGAAGAGAAGGGGAGAGAAGGUGAGAAUGUCAUUAUAGGAUGAAAUUCUCAAUAAAUUAUAAAGUG